UAAACCUCAGAUCAUUUGUCCUUAAAUAUACUUAUAUACGUUUCUCUAAAGUCUAAACGACAUUAAAGAAUGAACAAAUGUACUUCUGCUCAAGAUUCACUGUUCUAGUACGUCCCAUAAUCAUCAUCAUCAUCAUCUGCCAUCAUAGAUUUCAACCCGGCCAUCAUGCAUGCAUCACAUCCAGCUCGACUGCAAAGCUUGUUACAGACUGCAGUUCUAUCUGUUCAGUGGACUUACAGUCUUUUCUGGCAACUUUGCCCACAACAAGGGUUGGGAUUUAAUAUGUUUCUUGAUUUUCCUUGAUUGCUUUAACAUGAUAUAUUGAUUUGGUUGGAACUUUGGAAAUCAAUCUUACUUAUUUGCAUGUGAAUGCAGGAUGUUGGUGUGGAGAGAUGGGUACUAUAACGGAUCCAUAAAGACGAGGAAAACCGUACAGGCCAUGGAAGUUAGGGCCGAAGAGGCGUCGCUCCACAGAAGCCAGCAAAUUAGGGAGCUUUACGACUCCCUUUCCACCAGCACCGCCACUGCCGAAGAUACAAAUGGCGGUGGUGGAGGCCAGCAGCUAGCUGCAAUGCGGCGUCCCCCUGCUGCGCUAUCCCCUGAGGACUUAACUGAGUCCGAGUGGUUCUACCUCAUGUGCAUCUCCUUCUCUUUCCCACCCGGUGUUGGAUUUUGAUGUUGAAGGUGCGCCUUGGUCUGGCAUAGUCUCUUUUUCAGGAGCAACCACUUUCAUCUUAUCUUUCUGAGCCUUAGGAGCAGAUUUGGAAGGUCUGUCUAGCAUUAAGGGCAAAGUGUCAACCAAGGUGUCAACACAAGCCUCAGAAAGCGAAUGUAGUGGACACGUUGUCAAUCUGCAUAUAGAUGUCAUUUGGGAUGGCUUGAAGGAGAUAGGUUUUGGCAAGAAGAUUUGCACGAAUUCUGAGGCAGUCUUGUUCAUCAUAUUCAGUCUUUGAGAUUCUUCAACUGGCGGGUUAUUCGUAGGGUUUCCUGGAAUAGCAAUCCACAACUGUUCUGGUCCAUUCUAGAUAGAGUCUAGCAAACUUGAUGAGUGAUCUUUGCUCUCCAAAAAGUUCAAAAAACGGUUUCUCCACAUCAUGUAUUCUCCCCUCCGGAGAAUUGUUGGUCUUGUGUCGUUUCCCAUCGAUAGGGCGUCCAUUGCUGAUAAUGAUCCUCGAGGUAGUAUAAUCUAAUUAGUUGAGCAGUUCUGAGAAGAAGGGGCUCGAGAAGUUUUAGUUACUUAGAAAAUUUUUGAAAACUAGACUUCGAACUUUGAGUUUUCAAGCCUGGGUCUUUGAACUUUGACUUAAGUGUUGUCUUCGAGCUUUUGUGGACAUUGAAAACUUUAGACGAAGUAUAGUUCGGACUUAGGGAUCUCGAGCUUUGGACUUGGAGAGAUUUCGAGAAGAGACUACGAACUCUUGGACCUCGAGAAGCUGGACUCGAUCUCUUGGAGGUCGAGCUUUUGGAGCGAACUUUGGGAGCUCGAGAAAUUAGUUCGAACUCUUACUUCAAUCAUCAGGCUCGAACUUUAGGCUUUCGAGCUUUUGUUCUUCGUUCUGAAGAAAUCUGAUCCUUUAUCAAAACCUGUUAAAAACACAAACAUUGUAUUCGAAAAUGAUCCAUGCAAUAUACUACAAAAAAAUACGAGAUUGGUACGGAUUUUGACAGAGAUUUUGGCACGAGCUAUUUGGCAUGAAAAAUCGGUUGCCUGGAAAGGCUUAUGCAAUACAGCAUCAUUUAUGGCUCACCGGUGCAAAUGAGGUCGAAAGCAAAGACUUUUCCAGGGCAAUUCUCGCCAAGAGUGCUCGGAUACAGACUGUUGUUUGCAUUCCUCUAUUGGACGGCGUAGUUGAACUUGGAACAACAGAAAGGGUUAAAGAAAACUAUGCAUUCAUCCAACAUAUCAAGAACCACUUUAUGGAGCGCAAUCAUCAUUCAAAGCCAGCUUUAUCUGAGCACUCCUCAUCGGAGCCGUCUCAAUUCUUCUCUCCCGCUAUACCACCUUACCACCACCAUCAAGCUCACGUACAAGAAGAAGGUAAUGAAGAUGAAGACAAUGAUGCUGACGAAGAAGACAAUGAUGAUGAAUUGGGAGAAGAUGAAGAAGAUGAUGAAGCAGCAUAUUCAGAGUCAAAUGGAGAUAUUGAUGGGCCUACAAACCAACCCGAUCAAUACAUGGUGGAUGUAGAAGUGGACAACAUUAAAACCAACAACAGUAACAAUAACAGCAACAACACGGUAACCACUAAUGGUGUAGUUGUAAAUCAAAUCACUCCAGCGGCAGCAAUUGUAAUUAGGGGUGAAACAAACAUGGCUAGUGAGCAGAUGGUACAACUUGACAUGUCUGAAAGUAUUAGGCUUGGAACACCCGAUGAUGCAUCCACUGAUUUGGAUUCACAUGUUUACCCUCGCAUUAAACGCACUUGUUUCUUACCUCUUCAAGGAGCCCCUCAGAUUGAUGACUUCCCGCAAGAGGACACGAUCUACUUGGAAACAAUAUCAACCAUUCUUGGGCACAAAUGGUCCGAGCAGCCAACUACCACAACUCAUGACUAUAUUGUCCUUUCUGCCAGUUCCGCCUUCUCAAAGUGGUACACCCAUUCUGGUCACCCAAACACAAAAGCUAGCUCAUCCCAGUGGAUCCUCAAAUACACCCUUCUCACUGUCCCUUUUCUCCAUGUGAAGAACUUCAUGGCAACUACCUCGCCAUCCAAGGUCUGGAAACCCACAGCGGACCAAGAAGAGCCGAAUGGAAACCACGUUCUCGCAGAACGACGUCGCAGGGAGAAGCUCAAUGAGCGCUUCAUCAUCCUUCGAUCUCUCGUGCCUUUCGUCACGAAAAUGGACAAAGCAUCAAUCCUCGGAGACACCAUCGAAUAUGUCAAGCAGUUACGGGAGAGAGUGCAAGAGUUGGAGUCAACAACCCUCGGGGUCCGAUUGGGGGUUAACCAACUGUUAACCCCAUACACCCGGAAAACUAGGGUCAGCAAGACUAUUAUGUGUUCCAAGUUGGGAGGGAAUGGUGAUGAUGAGGAGGAGACGGUGGUGACGGUUGUUCAAGUAGAGGUUUCGAUUAUAGAGAGUGAUGCGUUGGUGGAGCUCAGGUGCACCUACCGGGAGGGUUUACUAUUGGAUGUGAUGCAAAUGCUUGGAGAGUUUGGCCUUGAGAUCACAACAGUCCAAUCUUCUCUUAAUAAUAAAAUCUUUUUUGGUGAAUUGAGGGCUAAGGUAAAAGAGAAUUCAAAAGGCAGGAAAGCAAGUAUUCUGGAAGUGAAGGAAGCAAUAAAUCGUAUCAUUCAUAAAUAUUAGGUAUUUGGCUAUGGCCUAUGUUAUUGACAUAAGCAUAGUAUCACUGUAUCAGUAUCACUGUAAAAUAUAAGGUAUAAUGCCUUGCACACCGCCUAGCCUAAGAACUGAUUAUAGUCAUCAUAACGGCUGAAUUGUUUGUUGUAUAUAGGGGAGGGUUCAACUUCUCAGAACUACUUGAACCUACUUUUGAUCUAAGUGUUUCAUUUUUUUCAAUUAUUAUUAGUUAAUAAUCAUAAGGUGUAUUUUUUAAUUAUCCUAAAUUGAAAAGGG